UGAAAUAAUCGCCUACUCUAUAUAUCGAUAACGAUCAAACAAUAAUGCACCAAAUUUUGAUAUUUAUUCGAGUUAUAUAAUUACUUGUUUUGCAAAAGCAGUUUUUCCUUCGUUUUGUCAGUUUUUAUUCGUUAUUAUCACUACUUAACGUGAAUCAUAUGUUCCGGCAAUUUAUUGUAAAAAUGGUGAACGUCAGAGCAUGCCAAACAUGUUAAAAUGCAUGUCUUUCUUAUCAGAAGCAUGAAAAGUGGUAAAUGCUAGUUAGUACACUGUGUAGUUAGACAUCAGCUAUGAUUACUGUUUUUAUUCUGUUUUGCAGUGUACCUCUCGUAUUGGAUGCAGCACGGGUAACUGAAAAUAGAAUCGUAGGAGGCUUUCCAACUCUCAUCCACGCUCAUCCGUACCAACUUACGUUCCUCUUUCAAAAAAACUUUAUUUGUGGAGCAGUACUAAUAACAAAGGACGCCGCUCUGACCGCAGCCCAUUGCGUGAGGCUUACUAGUCCUGACCCAGCAGAUUUUUCUGUAAGGGCAGGAAGUUCUUUUUCUUGGUUUGGAGGCAUCGAGAUGGAUGUCGACAAGGUCAUCCCUCACCCAAAGUUUGCCACAUUUGAUUAUGACAUAGCGGUCAUAAAAUUAGUAGAGGCCCUGCCGCUGUCAAGCAGGAUUCAACCGAUAUCAAUUUCCAAAGUUGGCGGAGAAAGUUUGGCUGGAAAAAUGGUGAAGGUUUCUGGUUGGGGCGUCACUAUACCAUUCAUACCUCAAUCGACUUCCCUCAUAUUGCAAGAAACCACGUUGAGCAUUGUUAAAAAGAGUGUUUGCAAACAGACAACCGGGUACGAAUUUCUCACUGACAGAAUGAUUUGUGCUAAAGGGGUUGGUCCCUUUUCAGAUUCAUGUCAGAUAACCCCAUAAAAAGAAGUCGCAGACAGUAAGGUCGGGAGACCGAGGGGGCCAAGCGAUAUCCCCGUUUCGAGAAACGACACGCCCUGGGAACAAUGCAUUCACCGCAUUCAUUGAAAUUCUUGCAGUGUGGCUUGUUGCACCGUCUUGUUGAAAAAGUGUGUUUUCAUUAACUGGAAAGCGGUGAAGUUGAGGUGUGAGCAAGUUCCGAAUCAUUGCAACGUAUCUCUCAGAAUUAACGGUAACGGCAUUUUCAGCCUCAUCCUCAAAAAAAUACGGACCGAUGAUUCCAUUUGCCGACAUUGCACACCAUACUGUCACUUUCUGAGCAUGAAGAGGUGUUUUAUGAAGCAAACGAGGGUUCCCUUCCGCCCAGUACCUGAAAUUUUGUUUGUUAACAAAACCGGAGAGGUGAAAGUGUGCCUCAUCACUCAUCCACAAGUUGUUAACUUGGUCACCGUUUUCUACCAACCUGGCAUGCAUCACUUCACAAAAUCUGAGACGCUGUUGAUAAUCACUUAACUUCUUAACAUUGCUUGUCGAACACGUUCGAUAUUUUCAGGGGUUCGAAUCGUUCUGGCACUACCACCUCUUUUUCUAGAGGUCGAUCCAGUUUGCUCGAGGUUGUUUACCCAUAUUUUAAUCGAAUUGUCUGACGGAACAGGUUGGUAACGUGGUAUGUUAAAAUGCCGUCGAAAAUCCCGACGCGUUUGCACUAAACUAUCGCCAUUUUGAUAAUAAGCCUUAAUUGCGUAACCGCGAUGCUCACGCGUCCAACGCUCCAUUGCAGACUAAAUGGCAAGCCACUCGGGUUCCGGCAGGCCUGUGACUGUCUUCCCUACGACUUCAAAGCGCGCUGCAAGCCCCACCCCAAAUCUUCCCGUUUCAUUGCCGAACCCUGUAUAUGCAACCAACUACACGCCCGAAUAGAGAUAUUUAGACCAUUCUCUUUUUUUCCAAUUGUUACCCUCCAAUUCGAAUUCUCAUCAAACGAUAACAUCCUAAAUCCCAGUGUAGGCUACGACGGUAUUUAAAUGUUGUAAUGGUCAGCAGGUUAGCCCCUGCUCCCAAUGUACGUACUUAAAUUAUGUGGUAAUACGAAUGAAUUAA